AUGAAAUUUACCUAUCUUCCAUGGGAAAUGGAAACAGAAAUACUCUUAAGAGUUCCGGCCACAUCUCUAAAACAGUUGGGAUUUACUUGCAAACGAUGGUACGCUUUAUCUAAAGAUCCGAGCUUUAUCAAGAAGAGAUUGGGUGUUAAAGCUGCAACGCAGAUGGUCUUAAAGAAAUAUAAUUCGGUUUAUUCAUUCAGCAUCGAUCUCCAUGGAAUCCACAACAGGUAUGAUCAAUUCAUAAAGUUUACAGGUAAACUUGAGAGUCUAAAGGAUCCAGAAGGUGUCGAGAUAUCUGAAAUCUUCCAGUGUGAAGGUUUGUUGUUAUGCACGACCAAAGACAAGGGGCUCGUUGUUUGGAACCCUUGUACUGGCCAAACCAUGUGGAUGAAAUCUAGUAGAAGACACGAAACGUUUUUUCUAGGAUACAAAAACAACAACGAAUAUUCGUUCGAUAGCUACAAAAUCAUGAGUAUUAGCUUUAAUUUUGGCGGCCGGAAAGACCCAGUUCGUAAGCUUGAAACGUAUGAGUUUAACUCUGAUUCAUGGAGGGUUCUUGGUGACUUCACUCACGAUCGGUACAUAAUAUCACUUGGCGUGUCUUUGAAGGGAGAUACUUACUGGUUAAAUCUUUCACUUGAUGAAGAAGAUCCUGAUCUAGUUACUUCCAUACUCGUAUAUGAUUUCACAUCAGAGAUAUUUGGACGUCUGCGUCUUCCUUUUCGUGCUGAUAGGUAUGAUUAUAAUCAAGAGAGUUCAUUUCUAUCUGUUGUCAGAGAAGAAAAACUUGCCGUGUUACGUCACAGGGGUAGAAGUUUAGAGAUGAAGAUAUGGGUGACCAAUACUAUAACUGAUGAAGCCAAAUGCGACUUGUCGUGGAGCGUAUUCUUAGUAGUGGAUUUGGGUAAACUUAUGAUAGAUGAUAUGAAAGAGGUGAGGGGUUUCUUGGUGGACGAGGAGAAUAAAAGGGUCAUGUGUUGCUUUCUAGACGAAGACACGAGGACCAUAAUUUACAUUUUUGGAGAGGAUAUGCACAAACAAGUCUAUAGAGAGAUCUUUAGAGAGAUCUAUAGAGAGGUUAAGCAACGACGCCAUUAUUUAGUUCCCUAUGAUAGUCCACUUCUCUUCAGUUAUGUUCCAAGCUUGGUUCGAAUUCCGGCAAGGCAAAGUAAUCCUGGUGGCAAAAGAAAACGGUGA